AUGGUGCCUUCUUCAAACUCUGUUCAUACUUUGGAAAGCUUGAGAUGUUUGAUAAAUGAAUCUCUAAACAUCGUCGAGAAGUCGAUUCUUGACCACAAUGACCCGGAAUUAUCCCUGGACUCAUGCGAAUCUCACCCCGUCCAUAGUCGCCUCCAAGCCGACCUUGAGGUUGCUUUGAAGACUAUAUCAUCCGCGACGAAUAUGCUGCGAUCUCUCUGUGACCCAAACACGUAUCUCAACGAUACAAUUUAUGGGUAUCAUGAUGAAACAGCGCUGUUUAUUGCCUGUCAAGCAGAUAUUGCGAACCACCUUGGCAAGGAGGAGCUCUCCAUUCAGGAGCUAGCCCAAAAGACCGGCCUUAAUGAAGAAAAGCUAGCGCGCUACUUGAGGAACCUCUGUAAUAAACAAAUCUUCCGAGAGACCGCAAAUAACAGAUUUGCCAACAACUUCCUUUCUGUCACCUUCCAAUCGGAGGGGAAACGGGCUUUAGUUGGACACUGUGCCGAUGAAUGCAGAACCUCAUCUUCCAAGGCUUGGGAGGCGCUUGUACAUCCUGACUACAAAGACGCCACUGAAGCUAAUAAAGCGCCAUUUAAUCUGGCUUACGACACUGAUUUGACGGUUUUUGAAUGGGUGAAAAGUGUCAGGCCCGAUAUCGGUCAAAGGGCUAAUACUGCUAUGGCCGGUAAAGGGCUCAACUUGGAGCAAUAUUUGACCCUUUAUCCAUGGCAUUCAGAAGGCACCAAAACGAUCAUUGAUGUGGGGGGUGGCGUUGGGGCUGGAACUCUUCCAAUCAUGAAAGAGAAUCCCAAUCUUCAUUUGAGAGUUCAGGAUCGCCCUGAGAGUUACUUGAACUCUGCUGAUCCAGCUGAUAUUACACAUCAGUACCUCAAAAAUUCGUAUCCCGAAUUUGAACAGUCAGAUCGCGUCAAAUUUGUUGGUCAUGACUUCUUCACCCCUCAGCAAGAGGCAGGAGACAUCUAUUUCUUGCGUCAUGUCAUCCACGACUGGCCAGAUGAAGAGGCACGUCAGAUCCUGUCCAAUUGCGCUGCUAAAAUGAGCUUGGGCAACAAACUUUUGAUCCUCGAACAUAUGUUGGCUCCAACAUAUCGGGACACGUCGCAGAGUUCAUUCGAAGUUGCGCCACAGCCUUUACUUGCCAAUUGGGGCCAGUCAGUUGUUAGUCGGUUAGAUCUGCAGAUGCUGGCCUGCCUUAACGCAAAAGAAAGAACCGAAACUCAAUACCGUGCAUUGGUCGAUAGCACUGGACUAAAAGUAGUUCGUGUGUGGCGCAAUGCAGGUCUAGAUACGGUGUUGGAGUGCAUCAAAGCUUAA